AUGCCGAACAGAAAUCGUCAACCACCGCAGCCCCCUCCGCAGCUCCCACAGCCGCUCAUUUUCGUGGCUUGUGGACACCAAGUGCCGCCUGAUUGUGCUCCAUCUGGUGGUAUCUCCAGAAAGAAGGGUACCAGCACGAUCUUGGAGCCUGCUAUGUGCCUCGAGUGCGGCAUUACCCACACCAAGAAUCGCCAGCAGCUCAUUGUCGAUUCCUACCAGUCCAAGGUCGAUGCUAAAGUCAAUGAAAUCAUCGAGCGUGCCAUGGGCGUGCAAGACGAAAAGGACCAAAAGGAGAUCAUCGAAACCGGUAAGACCCAUGCCGUCGGAGACGUCCUGCUGCAACGAAAUUCAGAGGUUGUCAGCAUCUGGGCCGACUUCAUCAAGGGCUGGAACUUCAGCGAGCGUCAGCGAACCGUUGAAGUGAGGGCUGAUCCACGCAAUCCUCGUUCAGGUAUGAUUCGGAAGGUGGUUAUCGACUAUGUGACUAUCCUUGUCAGCCGGACUGCCAGCGAGCUCAUUGUCACCAAGACUUGGAAGUGUAAGGAUGAUCAGCAAGUUAUGGAGGCUACCGAACUCACGCGGCUGUAG